AUGAAUCCCUGCGAGUCGCCAACACAGCGAAUUUUGGAUGAACAGCAGCAGCAAGAACAGCCACUGAAUUUUUCAACAAAUCACACCAUUCGAGCAGCGGCCACCGUAGCAGCACUUCAAAAAGAUUCCGAGUCAUCUGAGGGAAGCAGCUGCAAUGGAAGAAAUGAGCCAGCACCUUUCUUCGCCUACCAGCCGUCCAUUUUUAUGGCCCCGGGGCUUCUGCCCUCAUCCUACAUGUCCUCGUUUGCAGCCGCAGCAGCGAUGUCGGCCGCAAUGAAUGCCGCCACAAAUAAUCACCGUUUCCCGCAGCAAUCAUUGUAA